AACUCUUGGGUCCCUCCAGAUGAAUAAAAGCUGUCCUCAGAUCCUCACUUACUCCUGUAAUACAGUGAGCAUCACAAAGUAAAAUGAAGUCUGAGCAAGAUCCCUCUUGGUAAAUAGUCUGCUGCUGAGUGCCCCAUGGCACUUGGCCACCGUGACACCAAUUUCAGAAGGUUAGAUCUAAAUGGCGAAUGUUCUUAAAAUACCUUCCUAAUUGUCUGUUGACUUUAAAAAUCAUAUUUAACAGUAGUAUUCAUUUAUGUCCUAAAUGGGAAUUGUCUUGUUUUUCUCUUUGGUGCCCUUGAUAUUAAAUUGCUGUGGUUUGGGGAGGAUUCUAAGUGGACUCUGUUUGUUCUUAUUGCGCGUAGGCCUUGAGGAAUAUACUGACUUCCUGUGAAUUUGUCUCACUGCAGAGCAAGGGGUCUGGGUGACCGUGUCAGAAUGUUGGGAUUAACUUCAUGACCCCAUGGGAGGAGGGGUAGAGAAAGGAUCUCACACCGGUGGCCUAAGGAAGUGCAAUUAUGGAAACUGGAGGGUGUGUGCUAACUGCCAACCAGUCCGGAACUUCAGUUGUGCUCAUAAGGGUCCACACAACAACCUUCAUCCUUGCCCAGGCCGUAAACCUCAUCUGGGUUAUUUUGACUCUCCAUCCUGAAGUUAUUUUUCUUCCCCAGUGCAGGUGAGAACGUGUUCAUCAGGUCAGCAGGGAAAGGCAUACAAAGCAGGAUAAUGUAGAAAUCUACUGGGAGAACUCUCUUUUGUCCAUGAGCUAAACAUACCUUAAUCACCUUACCUUUAAAUCAACGAACAAACAAAAAGCAUACAUAAGAACCAGAAGCAAAGAAAAUAGCAGUGACAGUAACCAAAGUAAACAAAAACAAAAACUAUCUUGUACUCCUCUGGGUUGCAGAUUUUUAACAUAACUUUAAAAAAUUAUGAUUAAAAUAGAUAUUCAUUGGGAGAAUGCAGAUAAGCAAGUAGAAAACAAUGAAACACAAUCUUAGCAUUCAGAAAUAACUCUGGUUAUAUUUUUUGGGUUUAGACUCUCAAAGUGCAUGUGUGUGUGUAUCCCUGUGUGUGUGUGUGUGUGUGUGUCUGUCCUACACACAACCAAUACAAACAUAAAUUUACCAAAAUGAAAACGCGUUUGCUCUUAUUACUCUUAAUAAGCAUACUCAUUCUUUAAUAACUGCAGAAUAUGUGAUCAUAUGAGUGUACUAUAGUGAAUAUAACUGGCUCUGACUACUGUGUGUGUAAGAUGUCUUGCAAUUUUUCUUUCUUAUAAAUUGCUUUAUAAAAAUUGUUCUUGUAGCCAAGUGUUUGUGACGUUACAAAUGUUUACUUAGGAUAAAUUCCUAGAAGCAGGAUUUCUACGUUAGAGGUUAAGGACAUUCUGAAAGCUUUUGCUGUUAAGUAAUGUGAAGACACCAAGAGACCUCACCCCCAUAUUCUUUUGUCAGCAGUGUAUGAGAUGCCUAGAUUCUUACUACUCCUGAGGGUAAUCAUUGAAGUGAAAGGAAAUACUUAAAAGUGGAUUUUUAAAGACGAAUGACUAGGCAGUUUCAUUCAGCCUUUUGGAAUAUUCAGACUUUAUUGCCGGACCAGUCUUUUCAGGGAGUUCACUUGUUACCAAAUGACUUAGAGUCACACUAUAAAAGGGGUCAUGCCGAUGGUAUUGUUCAUUCACUUAUAAGAAAGGUCACGUCUUUCUUGCUUUAUUCAAAGGAGCGGAAGCUGGCUUGCUUCCAGCUGGGAUAUCCUGAUUGGAAGUCAGCUCGGACAGUCAGCUUUGCUCCUUCCUUUACCAUCCUCUUAGUGCAAGUUCCUCAAAGAAGAGUGGGAUGUGUACACAUGCUGAUUUGCACAUACACAAUGCAUCGAACACGUGAUCUACUUUGCCCAUCCUGUGUGGCUUUGGGGUCCAAGGGGAAGGGAGAGUCAGGCGAAGGAGAAGUAAUAUUCCACGAACGUCUGAGGUUGGCUGGCCAGCAGAGUUUGGAUGGUCGAACACAGUUUUUGGCUCUGCCUUUGAUGGUGGCCAGUUUCACAAAGAGCCUGCAGGAAGCUGCCUCCAGCAGGCUGAGUCCUGAGGAGGAGACGAUAACAGUGGGAGAAGCACCUGGUAACAGCGGCACUUCAUCCAGGAAGAAAACAGGAUCUAAAAUAUAAACAACAUCCUUACAACACAAGUGGGUGCACAGUUCACUCUCGAGUGUGUUCGACUAUAUUCUUCCAAGAGUCUCAUGAGAAUCUUACUGAAACAGGAAGAUGGUCAAAAGAUGAAUCGAAGUGUCAAGAUUUCCAGUGAACAUCAUCAAAAAGGUUUUUUCUGUUGUUGUUGUUGUUGAUCUUUUAUUUUUAAACAAUGAGUAUGACCAACCAUGCCAUAUCUGCAAUGUCGAACUAUUUUUUUAGCUGAAUAAAAAUUUAAAUACCUCA